UGGAUCUCGCAAAUCUACGACCAAGACUCGGGCUCGGAGCCGCACUUUCACUAAGAAUGAUUCAUCUAACUCGAAAAAAGGUAAAGGUGAAACCACACCUUCCAAACGGCCGAAGUCAGUCGACUUUUCUAGACCAUCCAGCUCCUCUUCCCGAGGCAUAUCUGCUUCUGUUCUGAGCUCUCUGCAGUAUAUCCGCACUCCAAAAGAUGCAGACGAACCGUCGGAUUUUGUCCACUAUCUUAAGGAAGUUCAGAAGCCGGAAAUAGUUGAAAUUUCCAAAAUACACAAGCUUCGUAUUUUGCUAAGAAAUGAAACUGUGACCUGGGUGACUGAAUUCAUGUCCUGUGGAGGCAUGGACGAGCUCAUCCAACUGCUCUACAGAAUCAUCAAAGUAGAAUGGAGGUGAGUUUUACACGGAUGCCUAUUAUUACUCAUGCAACGAAUACUAAUAUUGUAUCAUAGGGAGGAACAUGAAGAUACCCUCAUGCACGAAGUUCUACUCUGUCUCAAGGCACUAUGCACAACUACUACUGCUCUCAACCAUAUUCGCUCCAUAGAGAGCCACCUUUUCCCUACAUUACUAAACAUGCUUUUCGAUGAUGAAAAGAAAGGCCCUAGCGAAUUCAGCACUCGUGCGAUAAUCAUCAGUUUGCUGUUCACUCUCUUAUCGAAUGCUGGUCCUGGAGAACGCGUGUCUCGUGCCCAUACCAUACUUUCUUAUAUGCGCGAUCCAGCGCCACCAGAGACAGCUCAACCACUGUCGUUCAUUGCAGAUAUCUAUCAGCCACGACCAUAUCGAGUCUGGUGCAAAGAAGUGACCAACGUUACUAAAGAAGUUUUUUGGAUGUUCCUACAUCACUACAACGUUGUCCCGGUCACAACAUCGGAAGAUGGGCCCGUUGACCCAUCUCAGCCCUACUCGGAACGCCACUUCCCUCCACCACACCCCCCUGUCCCUGCAGCCCCAUAUAUUGGAGGUGUCGAAUGGGAAGCCACAAGCUACCUUGCAAUCCAUCUAGAUCUUAUGAAUGGCAUCAUUGCGUCUAUGCCAACGACUGAGGAGCGCAACAAGCUCAGAACUGACCUCAAAGCAUCGGGCUUCGAAAAGGUCAUGGGCAGGAGCCUCCGCACGUGCAAGGAGCAGUUCUACCCCGCUCUCCAUGUUGGCUUGAAGGUUUGGGUUGCUGCAGCAGCAGAGGAUGGCUGGGACUAUCAGUUUGUCCGUGAAGGCCCUCCAAGAGAUGCACCUCCAACCAGCCCCAUCAAGACAGCUGGUAACCAGAGCCCAAAAAAGAAGCCAGGGAUUGUGAGCGAAGCUCCCCCACGCCUAGACUUGAACGUUGGAGUUGCAAGUCCCGAUCAGAGAAAGUCAAGCGGUGAUUGGCUAUGACGUCCUAUCUUUAAAUAUUCUCCUACUUUCCUUCCCCCUUACUUUUUCCCUGUUGUCCGGGCACAUUAUCUCCUCGGAAUGCUACACAACGGCGUUGUCUCCUAACCCCAAGUAUAUUUUUGCAACUCCAUAUUGUGUCCUUCUUCCUGUGCUAGUCAUUUCAAGGCUAUGCUUGACCUACAUGGACAACAUUUCGAUGUGGUAUUUUGGACGAGCCCAUCAAAACAAACGUCAGAUGGGAUAUGAUUAACGACCACCAAUCCUUCCCGCCUUCAUUGGAACGACUUUAUGACCCUUUCUCUAUUCUUUUCCUCUUAAUACUGUUUUGGUAUAUGUUCUAUGGCUCUGGAGUUAUCUUUUCCUUGCAAGAUUGGACCGUACCUCGCAUAGUGCUUGUUAUUUAGCAUUUCUGCCCAUAGCCUUAUAUUACUCUCCAGAUUAUUAUUCUAUUAUUAUUAAUG